CCAAACUACAUACAUACAUACAUUCCCAUCUACAAUUCUACAUUAACCAAUUAAAGCCCAUUUUUCUGUUCUUUAUCUUCUUCCUUAUUUGCUUUUUGGGACCAUUUUCUCUGUUUAUUACUAAAUCACCAUCUUUCUUGAUCUGUUAUUUUUUUUUUUAUUUAAAAAUAUAUACAACGUCUCAUCAAAAAUGUUUUAACUGGCCGACUCUGCACAAGAGGUUUUUCUGAUACAUCAAAUGAUUUGGUUACUGGUUUGAUAAGUUUCUUGAUUGGUGGAAGCAUGGGUAAAGCUAAAGCAAAAGGGAAAAGGGCUACUUUAACACACAAAAAUGAUGAUCCUGCAACUGGUGGUGAAGACGAAAAAACUCUGGCUCAGAAACGAAAGAGUAGACAUCAAAAACCAUUUAUAGACGAUGAAGAUGUCGAAAAGAUUGAAGAACAAGAAGAUGCUGCUGAUGAUGAUGGUGAUGACAACUCGAUUUCUGAUUUGAAUGAGAAGAAGAGGAAAAGGAACAAAGAGGCGAAAGAAAAGGAUAAUAAUCUAGUAAAAAAAGAAAGCCCAAAUGGAACCCGAAGAUCAAAUGGUUUUCGUCAAAUUGGGAGCAGAAGGAAAAACAAACCCCAUCGUGCAGCUGAAGUUGGUGUCGAAUGCAAGUAAGGAAUGUGACAAAUGUGUACCCACAUAUAUCAUUUGAGGCCUAAUUUUCUGUCUAGUCCAUUUUGUUUUCGGUUUGAUUAAACUAGCUAGAGGGUAACCGUGUUUGUUGCAUCGUAUCAGUAGCAAAUGUGUUUGUUUUUGUAUGCUUUUGGGUGUUCAUGUUGAUAUUCCUUUCAAAUGGCAUAUCGUUAUCUGUAUGUAUGAUCUUUCAUAAGAAGUCUUAUGGUUAGAAGGAUUUUUUUAUAAAAAACUUGUUAACAAAAUA